AUGCGUAAGGCAAUUCCAGCUGAAGAACGCUUAGCUGUGACUCUCCGAUUUCUGGCUUCUGGAGAUAGCUACAAAAGUCUUUCGGUAUUCUUCCGUAUAGCCCCUAACACCAUAUCACUAUUUGUACCAAGUGUUUGUGAUGCAAUUUAUAAAGCAUUGAAAGGUGCAUACUUAAAGGUACCAUCCACACAAGAAGAAUGGAACGAAGUAGCCUUUAAAUUUAACAAACUGUGGAAUUUUCCGAAUUGCAUUGGGGCGGUUGACGGCAAACAUGUUCAAAUGGUGGCACCACCGAAUUCAGGAAGCACGUUUUAUAAUUAUAAAGGCACUCAUAGUAUAGUGUUAAUGGCUGUUGUUGAUGCCGAAUACAACUUUUUAUAUGUUGAUGUUGGUUGCAAUGGCCGUGUAUCGGAUGGUGGAGUUUUCUGA